UUUACCCAACUGCUCCCAGUGCCACCCACACUGGUUUAAAUGUAACUUAGAUAUUGGGUUUCACUAUGUAAAGCGCUUGGAGUCACUUGAGAAAAAGCGCUAUAUAAAUGUAAUUCACUUCACUUCACAAUUUAACUGAAGUGAGUUAAACUGAAGUUUUAAAGCACUGAGUUUUUCUCCACUGAAUUUAUUUACGCUGAAUUUUUAUACACUGAAUUUGUAUUCACUGAAUCAUUACAUAUAUGUAUUUGUAUUUAAUGAAAUUGGUAUAAAAAAUGUUGCUAUAAAAAUUCAGUGUUCAAAAAAGCUUCUGUAAUAAAGACAAAAAAAUAACCAGCAUGAAAUUGACAACUGUCAGGGUCACGUGACACCUUUGUUGCCAGGCAGACUUCGAGGAGCACCAUUAAGGUGUGCCCAAUGAGCCAUACGAUAAAAGACACGCCCACUUUGUUUAUGACAACUAGGGGGCGCCAGAGUACUAGCAAAACCCGGAAGUUACACACAUUGUUUUUAAAGUCAUCUUCUGUUUAAAAUGCGAAAUAGAAAGUAGGAAAAACAGCGGCAUGUGUUGUUUACAUAACGAGGACACCUUCAUUGCCAUAAACAUAACAUAUUUGUAGUGGGAGGUCUUGUGUCAGACAGGAGGAGGACUCUUCCAGAAGGCUCACCUCACCUGCUCACACACGAGUGGACGAGGCGGAUGGAGACGACAUUCUUCGUCUUAAAAGUCCUAAUAAAAGUCUCACUACAGCGGGAUUGAAGCCACAAAAACGUGACAGCGAUACCAGCUGACUUCUUCCGUGGGCGAGAUGGCGGAAGACCGACGAAAUAGAGCUGAGGGGGCCGACAAUGGUGGUCUUUGUCCUGUUGAAGGAGUUGGCGAGGAGCUGACAGGACAGGAGACGGUUCCGGUGGACACUUCACAGGUUUUUGAAGAGCAUCGAGUCAUCUGUGAUGAUGAUGAAGAAGAAGAGCAGCCCUGGUCUUCAUGUGUAAACCGGGCACACAUGCAGUCUCAGGGUGUCCAGUUCUCCCAGAAUGCAACGGUACCUGCACCUUCCAUGAACGACUGCAGCAGCGACGUGACACAGGUCGGCGAUGUGGACCCCGAGUGCGGCAUCAGCGGCGUGACGAGUGACAGCACCGAGACCGAUGCCGCCGCCGUUUCGGACACGGAUGACCUCCUGGUUGCCACGGAUACACCGCCACCGGUGCUCGCCACGGACCCUCUCAUGGACGCCUCCAUCCUCAGUCCCAGCCACGUGUCCCUGGAGCUGGACAGCGAGGACGACGGCGCAGAGAGGACUAGCCCCGCCCCCGACCUUGGUUGCACUCGCAGCCUCUCCGCCUCCUCAGCGCCUGUCCCCGCCUCCAAAGUAACAAACGUGCGGCUGCGCUCCUAUUCGUACUCCAAAGUCGGCCUGCGUCCUUCCCGCUUCGUCCAGGAUGGACACGCUUGCAGCACGGAGCAAAAAGCCUCAGAGCAGCCGCAUGAGAAAAGGGAGUUUAGUUUCCGCCACGGAGCCCAGUCGGCCGACGACGAGGGCGAGACGGCGCUGGUGGAGACGCUCCAGCAUCUCACCCUGUCUGAGUUCCUCAAAGAGAUUGAAGAGGAGGAGCAGGACCGGUGCAACGUGCCGGCCAAAGCAGAGUCGGAGAAGUACAAAGUCAUCCGCACCUUCAGUUUCCUGAAGAGCAGGAUGUCCAACACGCGCAACAAGACCAAGGCCAAAGGGAAGAAGGACAAACAGAACCCCCAUCGCUUCUCCACAGGCUCCUGUCUGGGCCCUGUCAUGUGUGUGGUGUGCGAUAAGCCCGCCUUUCAGAAAGACCUUCUGCAUUGCCCCACCUGCACCGCCACGGUCCAUAAAGGCUGCAAGGAGUCAGUGCCGCCAUGUUUAAAGAAACCGCAGGAGAAGAACACGGUUGCCAUGGUGAAGAGCAGGACGGCAUCCCUCCCGCAGAAUUUCACGGUGAGAGAGAGUCCUCCUCAAUGUGGGACGCCCUCCGCCAACCCUUCAGCCGCCACCACUUUCAAGGACGCCUGUGACGGACGACUAAGCGAGAGUUCCGAGUCUGAGAUGGACACCUGUAAGGUGAGCUGUCAAUCAGAAGACCUCCAGGCGACUUCCUCCGUCUCCAGCGAGUGGACCCCGGCAGAAGAAUACAGCGACCUCGCCGCCGACGCCGCAGAGUACGAGGCAGAGUCGUGGAGUUUGGCGGUGGAGCACAAGUUCUACAAGAAGCAGGACAGACGAGUGGCCAAGAGACAGGACGUCAUCUACGAGCUGAUGCAGACGGAGCUUCACCACCUCCAGACGCUGCACAUCAUGGCCCGGGUGUUCCGCAGAGGCCUGCGGGAGGAGGUGCAGCUCGACGCCGAGGCGGUGGAGCGCAUCUUCCCGUGUCUGGACCAGCUGGUCCUCCUCCACCACGCCUUCUUCACCGCCAUGAAGGAGCGGCGGCAGCGCUCGGCACAGCCCCAGGAAGACAGGAACUACCUCAUCCAGCGCAUAGGAGAUGUGCUGCUGCAACAGUUCUCAGGCGAGGGCGGGGAGAAGAUGCGCCACGUGUACGGGGAAUUCUGCAGCCGACACAACGAAGCCGUGGCGUGGUUCAAAGACCUCCUGCAGAACAACAAGAGAUUCCAGAACUUCAUCAAGCAACAAGGUGGUAACUCCUUGGUGCGACGGAGGGAGAUCCCAGAGUGCAUCUUGCUGGUCACACAAAGGAUCACUAAGUAUCCCGUGCUGCUGGAGAGGAUCCUUCAGUACACGCAAGGGGACACCCGGGAGCACGCCGACCUGGACGCAUCCCUGGCGCACAUCCGCGAGCUGAUCACGGCCGUGGACGUGCGCGUCAGCGAGUACGAACGGCGCCAGCGGCUGCGGGACGUGUGGAGCCGCACGGAGAGCCGCAGCACGGCCAAGCUGAAGAACGGGCGGACCCUCCGCAAGCAGGACAUGAUGGGGCAGACGCUCAAGCAUCAGGGGGCGCUGCUGUGGAAGACGGCCACGGGGAGACUCAAAGACGUCCUGGCUCUCCUGCUCACAGACUCCCUGGUCUUCCUGCAAGAGAAGGACCAGAAGUACUCGUUCGCCACUGUAGACCAGAAGCCGCCCGUCAUCGGCCUGCAGAAGCUAAUCGUGCGGGAGGUGGCCAACGAGGAGCGAGGCAUGUUCCUUAUUAGCGCCUCGGCCGCCGGGCCCGAGAUGUACGAGGUCCACGCGGCGUCCAAGGAAGAGCGCAACGCCUGGAUGAGGCUGGUCAGAGAGGCGGUGGAGAGCUGUCCGGAAGAGGAGGACGACGACACGAGCGAGUCUGAAGAGGAGAAACGGGUUGCAGAGGCUCGCUUUCAGAAGGUCCAGAAAUUACAAGAGAGCCUAAUGAGCCAGGACCAGCAGAUCUGCUCCAGCCUGGAGGAAAAGCUCCAGAUGUACGCGGCGCUCUCGGCCCUCAGCGGGAAGGCGGCAGCGCCUCUCGACGAGCCGCGGCUGCUCGUGCGCCCGUGCCCCGACGAGCCGCCGCAGGCCGGCGUGCUGCUGGCAGCCGCCAUGCAAGAAGCCGAGAAUCUGAAGGCCACCUUGAAGUCCAGAUCUCCGUCCGUGCGCAGCUGGGACUCUGGCAGAGACUCCGCCUCUCUCGUCAGUCCUGUGACACCCGCAGCGCCGCCCUCUAACCACCAGGCUUCACCCGAGGAGCCCGCUGAGGGGUGUUGGACGGAGACCACUGAGCUUCUAUCGCCCACUUACUUGCAAGGAACAAACAAGGACUUAAAGAUUGCUCGCAGUGUCCAGAGCCUCACGCAGCUGCUCUACAGCCUGCAGGCGGCCGUGACCAUCCAGGACAGCUGCCACGAGCUCCACAGGCUCCUCCUCGGAGGAGACGGCCGCACUUCGCCUCGCCGUCAAGGCCUGCAAGAACAGGAGAAACAGCGCCACCUGGAGAAGAGGAAGGAGGAGGCGGCCUCCACUCGGCGCCUACAGGAGCGCCUGCGGCAGGACCGCGAGCGCUGGGAGCGGGAGUGCCACGCCCGGGAGAGCCGGCUGGGGGAGAAGGAGAGCUGCGUGGGGGAGAGGGAGCGGCAGUGCCACCUGGAGGCGGGGAAGCUGAGGCGCGAGCGGGAGGAGCUGGACGAUCAGCUGGAGGAGUACCGGCAGAACCUGGAGAGGCUCCGCGAGGGCCAGAGGAGCGUGGAAAAGGAGCGGGAGCGGCUGGAGAACCGCAGGAAGCUCCUCCAGACGUGGAGUCACAUCCCUCACAUGCUCAUCCCUCUGGAUGGCCAGCAGGACUCCUGCGGUCACGCUGGAAACGGUUCGGUCUUCGUGAACGAGGCGGCGCUGGCCGGCGGCGUAGGGGGGGAAGGAGGACUGGGGGGCCUGAACAACCGCCGCCGCAAAGGCAGCGACGCCAGCGCACACAACUGCCUCAACGCCUUGCUGGCCAGGUCCAACAGCAGACAGCCCACCACGGACAAGACCACCGCCAGCCGCAGUCCGGACUUGGACAGCCAGCAAUGGAGGACGGGGCGGGGCUACCAAGCGGAGCUGGACACGCCUUCUGAUGACAGCUGCCCCUCCCGCCCUUCCGACUCGCAACUGGACCUCAGCCACCUGGUUUCCAUGGAGACGGACAGCAGAGACGAGGACGUCCCGGAGGAGAGCAUUGUGUACCUUUGAAACGAGGACCAACACGGACCUUUAACAAAGUAUUUAUUGAUGUUUUAUUGUUUUAAGGCCCUGCAGACUGUUUUAUAUUCAAGGCGUGUCUUUAAAAAGUGUGUCUUUGUGUGAGCUAUAGUAGGUUCCUGCAGGCUCUUUGCGCUCCCCCUGCUGGUCAGCGCCCGUUUAUGGGGUGCCGAAUGGAAACGUUCAGUCACACUUUUCUCGCAGAUAUUUUGAACAUUUAGCUCACUUUUCUCACAUUUCAGCUUUAACAUUUAAAAUUAUAUUUAACAUUUAAAUUCAACAUGUAGAUUUAGAUUCAACAUUUAGCUUUUACAUUUAGAUUUAGAUUAAACAUUCAGCUUUAACAUUUAGAUUUAUAAUUUUAUAUUUAGGUUUAACAUUGAGAUUCGGGUUAAACAUUUGGCUUUAACUUAGAUUUAGAUUAAACAUUUGGCUUUAAUAUUUAGAUUUAGAUUAAACAUUUGGCUUUAACAUUUAGAUUUAGAUUAAACAUUCAGCUUUAACAUUUAGAUUUAACAUUUAGGUUUAACAUUGAGAUUCAGGUUAAACAUUUGACUUUAACUUAGAUUUAGAUUAAACAUUUGGAUUUAAUAUUUAGAUUUCGAUUAAACAUUUGGCUUUAACAUUUAGAUUUAAAUUAAACAUUCAGGUUUAACAUUUAGAUUUAAAAUUUAACACGUAGGUUUAACAUGGAGAUUCAGGUUGAACAUUUGGCCUUAACUUUUAGAUUUAGAUUAAACAUUUGGAUUUAAUAUUUAGAUUUCGAUUAAACAUUUGGCUUUAACAUUUAGAUUUAGAUUAAACAUUCAGGUUUAACAUUUAGAUUUAAAAUUUAACAUGUAGGUUUAACAUGGAGAUUCAGGUUGAACAUUUGGCUUUAACUUUUAGAUUUAGAUUAAACAUUCUGCUUUAACAUUUAGAUUUAACAUUUAACAUUUAGGUUUAACAUUGAGAUUCAGGUUAAACAUUUGACUUUAACUUAGAUUUAGAUUAAACAUUUGGCUUUAAUAUUUAGAUUUCGAUUAAACAUUUGGCUUUAACAUUUAGAUUUAAAAUUUAACAUGUAGGAUUAACAUGGAGAUUCAGGUUGAACAUUUGGCUUUAACUUUUAGAUUUAGAUGAAACAUUUGGCUUUAAUAUUUAGAUUUAACAUUUAGGUUUAACAUUUAAAACUUAGCUUUAAUAAUUUAAUUUAUUUAACAUUUGUAUUUAACGACAAUAUUUAACAUUCAGCUUUAACUUUUAGAUUCAACAUUCAGGUUCAGAUUCAACAUUUAUGUUUAACUUUUAGAUUUAACAUUUCGAUUGAACGUUUAGGUUUAACAUUUAGAUUUAUAUUUGGAUUUAGAUUCAACAUUUAGGUUUAACAUGUAGAUUUAGAUUAAACAUUUAGCUUUUACAUUUAGAUUUAGAUUACACAAUUAGCUUUAAUGUUUAGAUUUAGAUUAAACGUUCAGCUUUAACUAUUAGAUUCAAAAUUUAACAUGUAGAUUUAACAUUGAGAUUCAGGUUAAACAUUUGGCUUUAACUUUUAGAUUUAGAUUAAACAUUUGGCUUUAAUAUUUAGAUUUAACAUUUAAAUUUUAGCUUUAACAUUUAGAUGUUUAUUCAACAUUUGUAUUUAACGGCAAGAUUUAACA